AUGGCGAAUAAACUGUUUAUAGCUUUAUUUCUGUAUACGACAACUAUAGCUAUAGCAGAUGUCAGCCUUUUAAAUAAGGAAUAUUUGCCGCCGUUUCCGUAUUUCAAAACCAUCUAUAAAACUGCGGAUAGUUCUUCAAUUUUUACCUCUGACUCUAGUUUCUUGGCCUCAGGAGCGAACUUUAAUGGUGAUUUUGAAAAAUUAAUUGAUGUUGAUGCACCGGCCAUAGACUCGACUAAAACUGAUUCAACUGAUUCUACUGUUCAUAAUAUACCAUUAAGUUUCUCAACGAAAUCCAAUACAGAUGACAGUGAAUCAUCAUUGGAAACGGAAAAUACAGCUGGCUCGACAGGGGAAUCAAGUUUCUCCGUUUCAUCAAUAUUGCCGGAACCAGGUUCAUUUUUAUCCAGAUUAUCUAUUGGAUCAUCUGCAUCAGGUUCAUUAACACCAGUUACAUCUGACGAUAUUUUAUCUUUUUCGUCGAGUUCUUCAGUGCAAGAAGAUACUAAAAAUUCCGAUGAAGUUACAUUGUCGUCCAAUACAGAUUUAUCUGAGGAUACUAGUUUCUCCAUUUCUUAUGAUUCGGGCUCACUCACAUCCAGUAUAUUCACGGAAUCAUCUACAACAGAAGAUCUUAAUACGGAUACAUCAGCUACACAUAUUUCUAACGCAGUUACAACUUCAUCAUCCAGCUCUCCACUCCCGAAAGAUGACUCAAACAUUUCAGUAGCUUCUUCAACAACUGUUACGACGUCAUCGGUCAAUUCGACAAAUGACAACUCAUUGGACUUAGACAGCGAUACUAAUAUUGAUACUAUUAGUGGUGAUAAAUCAGCUCCAGCUAUUACAAUUUCAACCAAAUCAUCUGAUUCAGAAUUAAAUGAUUCGUCUAGUAAUUCCGAUAAAGUUGGUACUGUUUAUGCUGCUGGUGGUGGCUAUAUUUACUGA